CACCAAUCAUCGCAUCCAACUCACGAUCCUCUCGACGACAGCCCGCGCUUCGGUCCUCUGUGAACUCUUCUUCCUCGCCUCUUCUCUUCCAAUUCUUCACGGCUUUAUAGGCUCUUCAACCUCCCCUCCGCGGGGCCUGCCGUCCAUCGAAUCCCGAAACCAAUCUCCCGUCGCAUUACGACGACUUCGGUCCCCCAUAAGACAGAUCCGAUAUACACAACGUCACCAUGCCUGCCGCCGGCCUCAAGACCAUCAUCGCCCUCUCCUUUGUCCUCGCCGUGGGAUUCCUCCUCGUCAUCUUGUCCUGCGCUCUCUACAAGGUCUACUAUCCGCUGCUGGUCGUCGCCACGUACGUCCUCGCGCCGCUGCCGAACUGGAUCUGCGGCCGAUGCGCGAAUCCGGACGACUUUGUCGAGAGCGGCGGCGCUGCCAUACUUGACGUGGGAAGAUUCUUCACCGGUUUCUUUGUUGUUAUGGGUAUUGCCCUUCCCGCUGUCCUCGCACACUCUGAUCUCAUCCGAGUCGAAGCCAUGAUCAUGUCCAUCACCGGCGGCCUGUUGAUUUACGGAACCAUUAUUAGCUUCGGCAUGUUUUUCCAAGAAGAGCAAGAGUUUUAAAGAAAAAAGCCGGGGGAGAAUUCCACUUGAAAACCGAGGGACCCGAGGAUAGCAAGAAGAAACAACAAACUAGCAGCCUACUAUUUAAUGCGUGCACGAAAAAAAGAGGAAAAUGAGAGAAUGAUACAGUCUACUCAGAUUAAGAUGGCGCUGUCGAACUUAUGAGACCUUUUUUUUUUACUCUUAUGUAUCAGUAAUUUCUUUUUGAGGGGAUUUCGAUACGAAGCAUAAGCGAAUCUUCGAGUUUAUUGCUUGCGACUCUACCUUUUUUUACACUCGUGUCUUGGAUUCUUGGAUGUACUUGAAACUAAAAAUCAUCAGUUUAAUUUAUCUGUCUAUUGAGAG